UCCAUCCCCUUUGUUGAACACCGCACCUUUCUUUUUCUAAGCUCCAUUAAACCCUUUUUCUCAGGUUGGGUCUUUCAGUUUUCACUUUUGGUUUAUCUGUAACGAUGCAAGUCUUCUGUGAUCUUCAAGUGGAUGUCAACGGUGAAGAGGUUUUCAUGGUAGACAAGAGAACUCUUGCAUCUUUCUCUGGUAGAUUCAGCAAAUUAUUUGGUAAUCUGAUGGACGAUACCAGGAACCUGAAAGUGGUAUUUCAUGACUUUCCGGGAGGAGCUGAGGGUUUCGAGCUUGUGGCAAGGUUUUGCUAUAACAAGGGAAGAACUGAGAUAACUCCGGCCAAUGUAGUCCUACUGAAUUGCGCUGCGCGAUUUAUGGAGAUGGAGAGUGAUGGCCUCAGGCCUAGCUUGUUAAACCAAACAAAAAAGUCUCUAGAUGGUAUCAGCUUCUGGUCCUGGUCUGAGCUCCUUGUAGCUUUGAAAGAGUGUCAGGAUUUACUUUCUGCCUCAAGUUCUUCAAUAAUACUUGAUAAAGUCCUGGAUUGUGUUAUAGGAAGGCUCGCCUCUCCUAUUGUUGCAAGCUCAUACACAUCUUCCUCAGAGAACUCCAGCUUCAAAUGUUCCUGUGAUACAAGGAGCAGCUAUAGUUGGAGAAACAAUUUCUCUCAAGUAUCUUGGUGGUUUGAGGAUCUUCUGUUUUUGAAUAUUGAUAUAAUUGACAGGGUAAUAAAAAUGAUGAUACGCCAGCAUUUCGAUCAUCCUACAAUCAGUAAGUUCCUCUUCUGUUAUCAAAGAUCGAGAUUUCUAAAUGCCACCCCAACUCAGAAGUGCAAAAUCACAGAGGUCAUAAUCAAGCUGUUUUCUUUGCUUGAUAGGAGCUCCCUUUCUUGCAAGCUUUUAUUCGAUGUAUUUCGAGUGGCUUCAAGCUUGAAAAUAAGCAAAUAUUGCAAAUCCAUUUUGGAAAACCUUAUUGGUUUACAAUUGGAUCAAGCAACUAUAGAUUUUCUGCUUCUCCCAUCCCCACAAAGGAAAGGUUAUAAGUAUGAUGUGAAUCUGGUUCUGAGGCUGGUAAAAGCAUUUUGCGAUGAAGGAAGAAGUUGUUGCUUAUCCCCAGUGCGAUUAAGAAAGGUUACUAGCUUAGUUGACUCAUACCUUGUGGAAGUGGCAGCAGAUUUCCACCUGAACCCUUCAAAGUUUGCAGCACUAGUCAUGCUGCUGCCAGAUUCUGCAAGAGAAUCCCAUGAUAGGCUUUUUCAAGCUAUUGACAUUUAUCUAGAGGUUCAUGGUGGUCUACAUGAAGCAGAGAAGAUGGGAAUCUGUUGUGCACUUAACUAUGCAAAGCUCUCAACAGAUGCAUUGAGACGCUUAGCUCGAAAUUCUAAAUUUCCAUCAAGAAUAGCAAUACAAGCUUUCAUCAAUCAGCAGUCCAAGCUUGAAAAUUUACUGGAGGGCCAAAAACUUCUUGACACCUUUAGUGGUUCUCUCUCUGCCGAGGAAAGCACCAACGAGAAAGAAAACUCUGAUCAAAUCCUUCUGUAUGCAAAAAGGCUCAACCUUCCCAGGAAAGCUGAGCAACUUGAUGUACAGCUGCAAGGAAUGCAAUGCAGAGUAACAGAACUGGAGAAGUUCUGUGGGAUAAUGCAGACUCAGAUAGGAAAUAUACCAAGAACAAGAUUAUCCAGUCUUGGUAAUAAUGCUAGAUUCUUACCAAAACUCUGUUCUUGAAAGAUAGUCUUGCCUUCAAAAGUCUUUAUAGUUUUUCCCCUACAUUGUCUUGGAAAAUAUUUGUACAGUAUGGACCCAAAUGCAUGUAAAUGCAAAUUGAUUUUGUUUCAAGUUUUGUAAAGAAUCAUCAGUUGGUAAGUUGUACUUCUUUCUUGAAGAACUGUAGCAGCAAUUGUAGGGAACUGGUUUGCAUACUGAUAGAACCAUGUUAGAUGGAACGCUGAGGAUCUUGACUGCAACUCAACUGUGUUCUUUUUGACAUGAUCAAACUGAAACACAGCAAGAAGUCAAAUGAAAGUUCAGAGUUCCCAACUGAUGACCAAGCACGAGUUGUUGAAUGUCAAUGGAAAAGUACUGAAAAAGCAGUCAUUGCUGAACAUCUCUAAAUGGUCAAUCACUUUAUCAUGAGUUUUCCGUUCAAAGCCUACUGCAUCAGGUAGAAAAUUGCUGCCAGCUUGUGGCAAAGCAAAGCAGUUUUAGUUGUCCUAGCUAUGAGGCUGACUUACCAAGCCCCUCAAACAAA